UGCACAGUAAGUAAUCAGCACCUUAGCCAAGACGAAGAAGAAAACGGAGAGCCAGGAGAUUUAGCCGGAAGUGGUCCUGUCUUCAUCUUUACACACUUAGAUUUACUUUUUGUUGGUGAACUGAUUAGCAAACGUGGCUGAUUUUUGAAAAUGUGCAGGUUUCCGGAAUAUUAGAAACGUUGUUUCCAUUCAUGAAUGAUGUACUAGUUGUACCACAAAAAUUUGCAGAUUUUAAGCAUUAUAGUGUUUACUAUUGAGACCAUGUCAAACCAUAACUUUGCUACUUUUGCGUUCACGGUGAUAAGUGUCAUUAGUCUGGGCGUCGGGGGAGUGGGUGGCACGGCCAUCACGAUAAACGGAGGAGAUAAUGACAACACCACAAAAGCAAGUUCGGAAAUAAUAGGUUCCAGCGUGGUAACGUCUGUCUCUGUGCUUCUUGGCAGUGGAAGUUCUCCUUCGGAUCCUCCAAACGACCAAACAUCGGCGUCCAUUCCACGGGACGACGCAACCGUCGAGAAGACUCAGCCCGUCAUCCUCACAAUUAACUCCAUCCCAGUCCCCACAACGUUCACGUCCAACAGCCUCAUCCGGUCCCUGUCCCCCACAGAUGCUCAACAUCAUCACUCGUCGUCUCAAAUCAUAAUUCGAAACAAGGCUCAUCGGAAGGAGGAAGGCGUUCAAAAUGUGAUUCAAACACUGAAAACAAUUGUGCAGGAGGAACAGCAAAAACAUGAUUCAUCGCCACCUCCACCCGCUACAACUUCGAACAGUGUUUCAGUCCAGCCUGUUGAUGAGAGUCCACCCACAACCGUGUUGGUCACCUCACCUCAAAAUAAGUUUGUUCCUGGAUCCAGCCUUUCUGGAGAAGAUGACGACGAAAUGGAGUCCACCGGAGGCACCAGCCCCAGCGACCCUGGCCCCCACACCACCGAUGCUAUUGAUGAUUUUGCUAAGCACGUUGUCAGCAUCAGUGCAAUGCCGGAAGAGCAGGAAAGUGAGAAUGAUACUGCAACUUCUGCAGAGGUGCAUGACGCAAUUCAUAAAAUCUCUGGAGCAAUUUUGUCCGUGGAUGGAGAUGAGAAAGAGAAGCCGAUUGAGAACAUUGUCACCGAUGUUCUGAGCUCCAUUAAUACAGCGAGAAAUAGUUCAGCGGAUGGAUCACCUUCGAGCAGUGAACAACCAAGUAAUCCUUCGUCACCAACGACGUCCACAACUACCACGACCACGGUUAGAACUACCACAACUACUACGAAGAGACCAACAUCCACCACAAAGAGGACUUCUGCAUCGUCAGGAGGAAAUAAAAAGGCCCAGAAAACCACACCUGCAAAAAAGCCGUCAAGAAAUCAGCCUUCACAGAAUCAAAAUCAGAACAAAUUAAAAACUGAACUGCAGUCGACAACCUCACCUGCGAGCACAAUCAGCAGCAAUCGUGUUAAUCCACAUCGCACGAAUACACAAAAAUUGGAGCUCCCCAUGAUCAUCAUGUUGGACAACGACAAACCAUUCCCAGUUCGAAACAAGAAACCAGACAUGACGGAGGCGAUGCCUGAAACGACAGAAUUUAGACUCCCGGGAAUUCCCAUUGAUGAUAACCCUUACACCAAUGCUGAUGAUGAAAGCAUGGAUGACGAGACUGGAAACAGUUGGCAGGCCGCCCCAGGUGCAACGAUUUCUCAGCAUGACGAAGCUGAAGCGGCGGAUGACCAAGCCCAGGUGCCCAUCGAAUAUACGACACUCCGUGCGUACGUUACUCCGCCCACGAAAGGUCCGGAGAAGGAUCACUACUGGCAGGCAAAACGCCCAGGAAAUGAGAGCACGAGCGGCACUCGUCCAAACGAGUUUUAUGAUGACGAAAUCUUCGGGUAUGAUCCGUACCAAACAUUUUUCCACGGAGUAUACGUCCCUGUUGUCGAGGUUGGCACCCUUGCCGAGAUUCAGCAGGAACAAGACGACUCAUCUGAUGAGGACGAGUUCAGGGACCCUCCACCUCGUCGUCGAACUACUCCUCGACCUGCACGGCGACCUGCUUCCCCGGUUGGUGGCAGUCGACCUCACUCGAAGCAUGGAAAACCAGGAGCCACCAAGACAAAAAAACCUAUGCCAACUCUUCCAGACCACCUUCAUCGCCCAAGACCCUCCCAUUUACAAUAUCAACAUGGCGCUGCAGACGACACGGAUCCCGAAACAGGCCUUCUUAACGCUCAUUACAAACAUCCUGGUCACGGAUACGGUCCAGAUCGGACAGGACCUGAAGGAGAUGAUUUCAUUGCACCAGACAAACUCUCGCUUCAGUCCCGACCAGCCCUUCCCACACAAGUCCGUAAAAACUUUACCGACUUUCAUGACCACCACAUUCAACAUCAGCACGGAAUUGGAGGAGCAGGGCAUGCCGGGCAUGGAGGAGGAGGAGCCCAUGGUCACGACCACGAUCAUCUUCACCACCACCUCGCAGAACAGGCAGCGUCUGAAAAGAGACCCAAUUUUGGACCAGCUCCAAAAGGAAACCCUGGACUGGAGGCCACGCUCACUUCUCUUGACGAGGAGAAACGACUCUUUGUCGACAUCAAUAACCGAUUAGCCUAUCGCCUCCUGACCUCUCUUACAAAUCCAGUUUCACAUUCGACUACUCAAUAUGGAAACAUGGUCAUCAGCCCGUUCACGAUUAUUUCCUCGUUGGGUAUGCUGUUCCUGGGAUCGAGGGGACACACUGCUGCACAAAUUGAUACUCUACUUCAGAUGGACGACGUGUUGACUUUCAACCCGCAUAUGAUGUACCACAAUGUCACUGAGGCGUUUAUCUCGCAACCUAACACGGCCGCAGCGAUUAUUAGACUCCUUGUGACGGAUAAGGAGAAGGGAGAUGUUCUCGAAUUUUAUAAAACUCGAGUCCAGCAUUUUUACGAAGCACGAGUGGAAGAAGUUGAUUACAAGUUUGCAGGACAUCUGGCCCAAAGUAUAAUCAACCAAAUGAUCCGAGCCCAAAUUCAGAGACAUUCGUAUGAAAUGCUAAAUUACAGCUUGCCAUUGUUGGGGCCCAUGAGCAUGUUGACCGCAGCAUUUUUCGAUGGUCAAUUUGCCGGAGCCCGAGAUGCUUCGGUUGACUCUAUGAAUUUCAUUCACUUGGCUUCACUCACUCCAAACCAAGGUCCAUCUGCCCGUCGCCUAUUCCAGGUUCCAGCAUUUGCCCUGAAAGGACGAUUUCGUGCCACUUUCGACAAGGACCUCGACGCCACGGCGGUGGAACUCCCCUACACCUCGCGAGACCUCAGCCUCAUCCUCGUCAUGCCCGGAAAACCAGGCGAGUUUGCGUUCGGGGGUGUGACCUCGCUCAAGUCAAGACUCAAUUUGGAAGCUUGGACAAAACUCAUGAGAGGCUUCUAUGCUCGCGACUCGUUUAAAGUGAUUGUCCCCCGAUUCAGGCACCAGUCCUCAGUCAAUAUCUCCCAUACAUUGGGUCGACUUGGCCUCACGGACAUGUUUGAACCCACCUUGGCAAAGUUUAAGGGUAUAAAUGGUCUAGCUGAUCUCUACCUGGAUAAAAACAUGAUGCACUUUUCGGAAUUUGGCACUUGGGAAAAAUUGUCGGAUACAUUAACUGAAAACAACAACCGCAAUUUGGAUCGGAAUUUAGACCUUAUCAGAAUUCUUAGACCACACGUUCGCGAACAUUACGGCAACUAUGGGGAGCCGAUGUCGGUCAACGAGUGGUUCAAAACUCGCAACAAUAACCAGCAAGGCCAACAGAGAAGCCAAAAUGAUCACGGAGGAUCUCAUACCCCGAUGCCAGAUGAUGUCAGUCGCCUCAGGUUUGAAUUGGAACGGCUCAAACGCAGGCAUCCCGUGCAACACGAAGCUUCGACAACACACACGACGGAACACAACCAAGACCGAAGUUGGUACGCCAACAAUCCUCAUCCAUUCCCCUCAUACGCACAAGUUCGAGGCCCAUCUGUGGAAUUCAGACCGAGGACGCUGCGUGCGGGUAUUCGAACUCAGCGAUCCAACUCGAAGACUUACCACCACUUCCGCCAGGAGGAGGAGACCACGAACUCGAAUGACCAGGAAACCGUUCUUCGCUUCGAGCGACCAUUCCUCUACGUCUUGAGACACAACCCCACAGGAAUUAUCCUAAUGACUGGUCAGUACACAGAACCCUUGACGGAUCUGGCCGAGUGAGAUAUACGUCGCUCAACAAUAUUUUAAGAAAUAAGAAAUAAUAGAAUAGUUUAUUUUAUUAGUGUCUGAAAAAAUGAGUGAAUCUGUUGUACAAAUGUCCAGUUGGGUGGGGUUGGUUAUUUUGUAGUGGUACCAUUUUAUACUCAAUUACGUGAUACAUGUUGUUUGUGCAUGAAUCAUUAAGAAUAUAUUUAUCUAUUUGUUGUGAGAGCAAGGGGUUAUUUUAAACAUAUUGUGUAAUUAAAUUGAACGUGUGUUAUAUAUCAGGGUAUAUUUGUGUAAUUCAUUAAAAGGCGUUAUUGAAAUAUCUUUAA